ACCUCCGGCGUCUUCAACGGCGCCGGCUCCUCCUCUCCUCGGAUCUUCAAGGCGCUCCCCUCCUCAUGGGAAAGCAAAGUCGUCUCAAGCGUGACUCUCCGGCAAGAAAAUCGUCUUCUCCACAAGGUGGUUCCUCCUCUCCCUCCGCCUCGUCUGUUAGCUCCGGUGCGAAACAGAUCCGUCCGUCCAAGGCGUCCGUUGUUCCCUCUCCGGCUCUGACUGCCCAUGUUGUGGUCUCGCCGACGAGUCCAGCGUUACCUUCUCAAUCCGAUCUGCGAUCUAUUUCAGAUCCAGAAAUUCUAGGUCUGGUUGAUGCGACACCAGCGGCUGCUUCUUUUCCGGCCACGCCUGUUGCGCCCUCCACCUCAAUUGCAGCGAUUCCGUCCACGGACCCGAGUCUCUCCAAAACAUCUGCGCAAACCGCACCCGUCAAGGUUGCUGCGGGGAACCCAGAAAUCACCAUGACAAAAGCUCCAGUCGAGGAAGACUCCUGGUGCGAUUUGUUCAAAGGAACCUCUAAGAGGCUUCAGAAAAAAGGCACGGCCUUUGUUCUCCCAUCUGGAGAAUCUUGUGUUAAGAUUCCCGACUCACUAAUUGAAAAGCAUAAGAAAUCUUGGGAGUCAUUCAUUCUUGGUCAAUUCUACUCGGAUCCCCCUGCUCAAGGAACAAUUCAUACCAUUGUGAAUGGGAUUUGGAGCAAGCAGUUUAAGGAUAUCACAGUUUCGAAGAUGGAGGGCAACGCUUUUUUGUUCCGAAUUCCUAAUGUGCAAACAAGAAACCGUGUCCUCAAUCAACGUCUCUGGCAAAUAGAAGGUCAGACAAUGUUCGUAGCAAGUUGGGAACCAGGUGUUACCCCGACGAAACCAGAGCUUUCUUCAGCACCUAUAUGGCUUGAGCUAAGGAAAGUCCCAUUCCAAUUCUUUAACGAUGAUGGAUUGGAACACAUUGCUAGUCUGGUUGGCGACCCAAGAUUUCUCCACCCCGAUACAGCUUGCAAGAGAAAUCUGGAGGUUGCUAAAGUCUUCACUAUUAUCGACCCGCGGAAGCCACUACCCGAAGCAGUUAACGUGCAGUUUGAUUCAGGAGUCAUUUGCAGAGUGGAGGUCUCAAGUCCUUGGAUGCCUCCAGUAUGUUCCCAUUGCAAGGAAGUGGGACAUAGUAUCAAAAGGUGUCGUGCUGCCCCCAUCAAGUGUAAAGGCUGUAACUCUACUUCACACUCCGAUGAGUUUUGUCCAAGAAACAAGCCGCAGCCCCAGAACGUAAAACAUAGAAGAAGGAGAUCUAAAACUCCUAAUCCAGCAGCUAAGGAUGGUGAUUGGGUUGUUGUUGGAUCCCAAAAUAAGGUCCUUUCUCUUGACUCCCACAAAGUUACUCAACGUCCCCCUGUAAAUGUCAGUGGAUCAGGAGCUAGCUCAAGCGGUCAAGCGACUCUCCCUUCUGGUAAAGGCCAAAGUACUGUUCAGGUUCCCAUUGGGAAAGGUAAAGGAAAGAUAUCUCAGACUGUUGAAGGGAAGUCGUCGUCUGAAGAGGAACCAGACUCCUCCGAUGUUCCUUCUGAUCACUCUGAGGACGAAGAUAUUGAUUUAGAAGACGAAGCGAAAUUCACGGAGGUGUUGUCUCAGCGACAGCAGCGAAGUUGGUCUUUUGAUAAUAAUUAUGAUUUUUUGGAGUUGGGUAAGAUCUGGGUUCUUUGGCACCCUAGCGUCAAGGCUGUUGUUAUUUCUAAGUCUCUUCAGAUGAUCAGUUAUGAAGUUCAGCUACCAGACUGCGCAGAGACUGUGGUUAUUUCAUCGAUCUAUGCAGCCAAUGAUAAUUCUUCCCGUCAGUCUUUGUGGGUUGAAUUGGAAAAUUUGUCAAUUGACAGUCGUGUCAACGGAAAAGCUUGGAUUGUGUUGGGAGAUUUUAAUCAAAUCUUGCAUCCCUGUGAACACUCUAUUGCCACUGAUGCUAAUGUUGAUUCGCCUAUAAGAAUUUUCAAAGACUCCCUUUUGAAUUCCGGUUUGGUUGAUCUUAAUUUUAGAGGCAAUACUUUUACUUGGUGGAAUAAAAGGAAGAGUGCUCCUGUUGCUAAGAAGCUUGACCGUAUUCUGGUAAACGAUGAGUGGAACUCCCUCUUCCUUUCCUCCUUAGGUCAGUUUGGAGAACCUUGCUUCUCAGAUCAUGCUUGUUGUGAGGUAAGGUUGGAGACUGCCUCUCCCCGAAGAAAAAAGCCGUUCAGAUUCUAUAAUUUUUGCUGAAAAAUCAGGAGUUCCUUCCUCUUGUCUGCCUUCAUUGGUUUUCUUUUAACUCAGUGGGGUCUUCUAUGUUUAGAG